GGUGAACGUUGACGAACUCGAGGAGAAGAACCUUCAGCCUGAGCACUUUCUCCUGAGUACGUGCCUCCUCGAUAGCCAGAAGGUCGUGGUCUCAUACUUUGCCCUUCAAUCGUCAAGGAAGCACGCGGUUCACGUGCAGCUGCUUAACCUCUUGGACGUCCUCUGCUCCCAGCAGGGCCAGGAGCUUGCUGAGGUGGGUGUCCGCUUUCACAACGGCAAGGCUAACACCAAACACCGCUACGAGAUUCCAGGAACAGCGGCCGUAGAAUUCUGGUGCUAUAAAGACGCGCUAGAGCAGCCGGCGCUUCCUGCGUGUAUCGUGCGAGCGCACCGAGAGGCUUUAAGGAGGGCAGGAGGCAGCGAGGACUACCUCCGGUGGCAGUUGGCGGGUCUGGCCCAUUGCCCAACCUGCGGCGCGUCAUUGGAUAACUACGACGACGAGCCGGACCACAGUCUUCAAAAUGAGUGGUGAGUAUCCACAAAUGAACUACAACCAUUUCGUUCCUGCGGUCUGGGGUGGAGAGGCGGCGCGGAAUCAUCACAGCAGACCUCAUGCUUCGUCAUCUAGUAGUACGGCUGGAGGUGGGGGUAAGAUUCAGCGCCAGCAAUACGGGGCUUUGGAGGUGGGGCACGACUGUGCGGACCCAUCGUCGUGGAAGGGUAAAAACGUCAUGGGUGGAGGUGGACUCGGGUCAGCAUUGUAUGCGUAUGGCAAGUCAGGAAAACACGCAGUGCCGUCUAGCAGUUCUAGUAGUUCUAGUAAUAGCGCUGCGAAAGCGAACCUUGGCAAGACAUUCCCGAACUACUAUGGUAAGACAAGCACUAGCACCGCUGCAACCUCCGCACUUGCUGCUGCAUUUGGAGCGGAGCAGGCGAGUCGCUCUUACGAAGAUCAAUACGGUCAGCACUAUGGUGGUUUCGAUGAAGAUGAGAGCAAUCUUCUGACGGAAAGAACCAACUACGUGGAUUCUUCUGCCGCGCAGCAGCUUGUAACAAAUGGGUCCGGUACACCUGCAGCCGCUUUGGAAGUCUAUCACAGAGCAAUGUGCCCGGGC